AUUGAAUUUGACAUUUAUUUAUGAAAAAAAAAUGUGAAACGUCAAAAGUUUUAAUGGAUUUAAUUAUGUUUUAAUUUAGUUUUAACUGUUCUAAACCGCAAUAUGUAAACGUUACUUGCUAGUUUUAGGUCUACACGAUGGAUAAGUACACUGUCGAUUUGGAUAAAGUAUUAAACGAUUUCGAGUACAGCGAACUCACCGAUCAGUAUAACGCCCUGUCGAGCAAUGAAACCGCGCCGCAAAGGAAUCCUGACUUUUACAAGUACAACAACGUACCGCCCAAGCACAAUAUCACCAAGGUUUUCGAGAGCUUAAACGAGUACCUCAACUCGGAGAUCGGGAAUAAUCCGGAGAGCUCGCUCUCUCAGUCUGUCUGCGAAAAUCCCGCGCCUGUUUGUGAGGAGCUCGCACCCGUUUGCGAAAAACCCACUGACAUAGUUAGCGUAACCACGGAGGAACCGCCCGAACCUCUCAUUAUUGUUCCCGGUCCGAUUGUAGAGGAAGAAGUUGAGGAGGUGAAGGAAUCUCAAGCCAUCGAGAACGAACCGGAAUUGGCUGUGGAAACGAUCGAUGUUGUGGAACCGGUGGACGACGUGAAGCCGGCCGUCGGUUUUGACACGGCCAUCGAUGACUCGAGCUUGUCCGAAUACUUGGAAGAAUUGGAGAUGGAGAACCCGCCGACCGAGGAACCCGUUGAACCCUCGCGACCGUGCAGUUUGCCCGUGAAUAGUACAGUUCAAAUUGACCUUGUCGGGGAGCCGGGUUCGACGCCGUACAACAACGUGUACGUGUCCGACACGCUAAACAAACCGGAGAGUGAUCCGGAGUCGUCUCCCACGCCUUCGCCGACGUUUUCCGAGGCGUCGACCGAAUCAAACGGAUCGACGGCGACCACCGAAAGUAUCGCCGACGGUCCCCCUCCCGAUAAUACUCAGGUAGCCGAAGUUGUCGAUGUCCCAAACCGCACGGACGAAGACGGUGCGGAAGCUGACGAUAAUUUACCUACGAUGUCGAGUACCACCCUCGGAAAGCAGGCUCCGGUUUGGAUACCGGAUUCGGACGCGUUGAGCUGUUUGCAUUGUGAUACUAGGUUUACCGUGAUUAAGCGACGGCACCAUUGCAGAGCGUGUGGAUUGGUUCUGUGCGCCAAAUGCUCGAGUAAGAGGUACAAAUUGGAGUAUCUAAGCGAAGAGGCGCGCGUCUGCGUCAAAUGUUACGACCUUUUAAAUAAGGACACCAAUAGCAGCUCGGGCAGCGAGGGUCUUUCGUCGACGAACUCGCCGAAUCACCCAAGCGUAACGCCAAAUCCGAAUAAUCCCAUGGAGUACUGCUCGGUGGUGCCGCCGCUUCAGCAGGUUAACGCCUCUAGUCAGAAUCCCCCCACCGUUAUGGUGCCGGUCGGGGUUCUGAAACGGAAAGGUGCUACGAAGCUGAGAACAAACAAGAGUGUGAUAUUUUGCGACGGCAUCCGACCCGGCAGCGAACUGACGAACCUGGACAACGACUUCAACUACAAUUGCAAGCUGGUGAAGUUCCCGCACGAGAACAAGAACAAUUUCGUGGACGGCGUCACGAAGAGCUUCAUUCCGCACAAGGAAGACGACCUACCUCCGAUCGUUAACAUCUACAAAUCAGACGUCUCCUACAUUCCAUUCGACUCGGCCGUACACACCGUCGAGUCGCUGAAAAAGGACAAGCUCACCAUGGCCAUUCACACCAACUUGUAUGUUCACGUUAAGAUCGUCAAUAUGGACUGCUGUAUUAAUAAGUGGGCGUGGUGUUUCUCGACGGAGGGCAUGAUCAAUGUCGGACAGGACGAGAUACUCAUCUUAUUGGAGUACGUCGAUAACGAGAAGUGCAUUCCGAAGGACGUAUUGUUUCAUCUCGAUAGCAUUUACAAUAAUGCCAAAACGGGUUCCAGCAUAACGGACUACGGUAUCUCGCUGCACGAGACCAACAACUUCUUGGACUCGAAAAAUCACGUGGGUUUCCUGUACAUAAGACCGACCUUUCAGUGCUUGCAAAACGUAAUCGUCCCCAACGAAAUGUACCUGAUCGGCAUUUUGAUACACAGAUGGGAAAUGCCGUGGGCGAAGAUCUUUCCGCUGCGAUUGAUCCUGCGACUCGGCGCCGAGUACCGCUACUACCCGUGCCCAAUCGUGUCGACGCGUCAUCGCGAGAGCGUGUUCGUCGAGAUCGGUCAUACGAUCAUAAAUCUGCUAGCUGACUUCCGCAAUUUUUCGUACACGCUGCCCUGCAUUCGAGGUCUGACGAUUCAUAUGGAGGACAAGAAUACGACCGUCACCAUUCCUUUAAACCGAUACGAUCAGGUGGUCAAGUCGCUCAAUAACUCGAGCGAUCACAUCCUGGCGUUCGGCGGGAAUUUCAGCACGAAGGCCGACUCGCAUCUCGUCUGCAUUCAGGACACGCAGGGAAACAACGAGAAUACGUACACGACGCACGCGAUCAACAUCCACAAUCGUCCGAGGAAGGUGACGGGCGCGAGCUUCAUCGUCUUCAACGGGGCGCUGAAGUCGUCGAGCGGCCUCGUCGCCAAGUCCAGUAUCGUCGAGGACGGGCUCAUGAUUCAGAUACCGCCCGAGCACAUGGUGCAGAUCCGCGAGAACCUGCGCACCAUGAAGAACCACACGAUACAGUGCGGUUGCGUUAACGUCGCCUCGGACGAGACGAUUAACAUUGUCUGGGGGGAAAACGACACGAAUUUUAAUUUAGGUGUGCAAUCGUCGAUCGACAACCAAUCGCUGACCGCCGUGCCCUCGAUUCGCGUCCACAACGGCAAGGAUUACACCUGCAACAGCGGCAAUCGACUAAUACGUUGGACGGAGGUCUUCAUACUGCAGAGCGGAAACGAUAGCGGUCGCGGGACGGACGUCGACUUUUCCAAACUCGCCGAAAGCAUAAGCAGAGCCACCUGUCAGGCUCUGGUGAAGUAUUUGGACCUAUUGUUGAGCAACAAUUUCUACAAGAUCGGAAUUCGUACGAAUCUGCACGUGGAAAACGUGUCGUACAGCGCGGGCAGCAAUGGCACGAAAUUGCCUCCGAUUUACAUGAAAAGUUUAGAUAACGAGCUAAUUCCAGUUUUACACAAAAUAACCUCAAAUAAUCUAGGAGACUCGUCUGUCGUUUUAGAAUUGGUAUUUCGCAUUUUAAAUGUAUAGUAAUAAUAAUAAAAAUAGGUUAUGUAACAAA